AUGAGUGGUAACGCAGAGCUGACUGUCCGCCGUGCGUGCGAGAGCUGCAGGCGAAAGAAGACCAAAUGCACUGGAGAGAAGCCAAUUUCCCCUGAUAAGCCCUCAACGCCAUGGCCUUCUGACCCCCAUGAGACCCUGCCGUCUUCAGAAUCCCUCGACAAAGCUGUCGAGGUGUACGGCACUCGGCUGUACUUCCAACCGCUCCCGCUCUUCAGACCUGAGGGCCUGAGAGAUCGAGUGGAGGGCUUUCCUCUGUUUCUACAGUGGAUAUUUCUCGCUCUGUCGCUGUCCAACUUGCCUUAUGACUCUAAUAGCGCCAAGGAGGCUGAUCUCAUUCAUUUGAGGGCUAGGUCUGCCCGCGACACUGUCCUGGAGCUGGCCAUGAGGGGAACGGCUAAGCUCGAAAUCUCGCAGGCUCUCUGCUUGCUGGCCCUGGCCGAUAUUCUUGAAGGAAGACCUGCGCUGGCAUUGAUGGCCAUAGGGGCCGCUAGUAGACUAGAACUCGUCCGUAGCAUGAGCUUCGUCAACUCCCCACAAAGCAGUCCCCAGGAUGACGCCAGUUUAAGAUGCUAUUGGAGCGUAUUUAUCCUGGAAAAGGCCUUUGCACCACGGUUCACUCUUCUAUCUCAGAGUCUCGCGCCCCCUGAAUAUCCACGGAGCACGCGUGAGCCUUCUCCCCCUUCCUGUCAAGCAGACGAGGAAUUUGCGCCAGACCUGGCCAAUAUCCGGGACGACAGCAAGCCAGAUUCUGGUAUUAUAGCUCAUGCUUUACGAGGAGUGUCGUUCUGGGGAGAUGUGGCUUCGUAUGUCCACGCCAUCCGACUCGGCCAAGUCGACAGCCCGUCCAAUACGGAUUCCAGCUUUUACAGGUUGACCAACAAACUAUACGACCUGGAAGCCGAACUGGGCCACGUGCAUUUUGUGCGUAAUGUGGGAUUCUCGGAGCGGACAUUGGAUGAGCUGAAGAGACAUCACGAGUACUGGGUGCCUUGGCUUGCCUUUCAGAUGGCGGCCCACGCAACACAAGGGGUUCUCAACCAUCCAUUCAUCCAUCUCGUCACCUUGCGAAAAGCAAACCGACCUUCCCAACCAAGGCUCUUUCUACAGGGAACUGUUGAUCAGGCCAUGUUUCACUCUUCGUGGGUUGCUCGAUUGGCACAGACGUGUAUGGACAUUGGGUUUGUGGUUUACGACCCGUUGAUCUGUGACAUGGUUGCAGCUACGGCUACUAUCGCGUGGUUGUUUCAGUAUGCGAGGGAUAGCAAGGUUUCUGAUACAGCGAGGGAGAAUUAUCGGAAAUGCGUCGACUUUCUUUCAUCGAUGCCGUAUCCUAGUCCACGAGGCGCCCAAAAGCUCGAGCUUCUACAUCAAUUACAAACAAUGUCCAGCCAAGCCCAAGACAACAACAUGAUCAGUUUCCAGCCCGCAAAAAUUUGGCAACUUAUCGACUCCGACAUUAUGGACACUGUAGCACCACAGGUCAUGACCGACGACACACCCGGCGGCCAGUCCAACGCUUCCAACACGACUGUGAGCGUGCAGACAACGUUUGUUCAUCCUGUCGGGGAUAAGCGGGCUCAGAGGGAACUGCACUCUGACGCUCAACUCCCGAGUGCGGAUGGGUUUUAUGAGGAAGGGUUGGAGCAGUUUUCGCUAGAUAGUAUAUUCUCGCAGCCUAUUUUUAUCGACCAUGCUUGGUUACAUGUUUAA